UUUUACUGCUUUCAAAUGGAUUUUUUCGAAUUUAUUGCAGGAAGGAGAUACUUCUUUAUUCGUGAAAUCUGUUGCAGAGGCGUGUUGAGACGGUCUGACUUGAUGCCAUUGAAAAUGUAGAUAAACAAUCUCACAAGAGCAAAAGUGUUCGGUGAAAGUGGAAAUGCAUGAGGCCUUGGUUCUGCUUAUCCUGAUAGAGGAGGGUUUCGCAUUGGCUCAGAAAACUCAAGCUUUGCCUCAGAAUGUAGCUGUUGAGGAUAAGAAACCUGCUCACUGCGGAACUAUGAUCCAGACGGCAAAUGGAGGAUCAUUCAGUUCUCCAAACUACCCCAACACUUACCCACCAAACAAGGAGUGCGUGUACAUACUGGAGGCCCAUCCACGGAAGAGAAUACAACUUGUCUUCGAUGACAUCUACUACAUCGAGCCGUCCUUUGAGUGCCGCUUUGAUAACGUUGAAAUCCGUGAUGGGCCGUUUGUUUUCUCUCCGUUGAUUAAUCGAUACUGCGGAGCAAAGAGUCCAGGAAUCGUCACCUCCUCCGGACGCUUCAUGUGGAUCAGGUUUACCAGCGAUGAGGAGCUGGAGGGCCUGGGCUUCAGGGUGGAGUAUUCAUAUACUGCAGAUCCUGACUUUCAUCUCCAUAUUGGGGGACUCUUGAAUCCCAUUCCAGACUGUCAGUUUGAAAUGUCUGGAUCAGAUGGUAUAAUCAGAUCUAGUCAAGUUGAGGAGGAAAAUAAGGUGAAAUCAGGGGAAGCACUGGAUUGUAUUUGGACCAUACGAGCUCCACCGAUGUCUAAGAUCUAUCUCCGCUUUCUGGACUAUCAGCUGGAGAACUCAAAUGAGUGUAAGAAGAACUUUGUUGCAAUCUAUGAAGGCAGUAAUGCCAUUGAAGACCUCAAGGCCAAGUACUGCAGCACCGUUGCCAACGACGUCACGCUUGACAACACUGUGGGAGUGGUCAGAAUGUGGGCCGACGAGAGCAGCAAAAUGAGCCGCUUCCGUCUGCUCUUCACGGUCUUUGCUGAACCUCCGUGUUUGGCCAACACAUUCUUCUGUCACAGUAACAUGUGCAUCAACAACACUCUGGUUUGUAACGGCGUUCAGAAUUGUAUGUUCCCCUGGGAUGAGAACAACUGUAAAGAAAAGAAGUCCAAAAGUUUCUUCCAACAUAUGAAUAAAACUCAUGGCACUGUGAUUGGAGUGGCGUCUGGCGUGGUCUUGCUUCUUCUCAUCAUAUCUGUAUUUAUACAAAUGAAGCAGCCAAGAAAAAAGGUUUUGAGCCGUAAAGGUUUGCAGGAAGUGCUGGAGCCUCCUCAGUACGAGCUGUUCUCCGUGAGGGAAGCGGAGCUGUCGGAGGAUCUGUCGGAGGAGCUGGAGAGUCUGCAGAAACUCCGCCGCUCCUCCAGCGUGUCCCGCUGCGUCCACGAGCAUCACUGUGGCGCUCCGAGCAGCGCUGCCUCCUAUGUCAUGGCAAGUAGAGUCCAUCGUCUCUCUCAGCCGUCUGAUGAGAUGAGUACGGUUGUUGGAGCCAGAGGCUGGGGCAGUUUCCAUGGACGCAGGAGCAGCUCACACUCGCACGCUUUCACGGACGACCCGCGAGCUCACGCUUACAGCGCGCAGAGUCUGCAAGAGGCACUUGAAAAUGAGGAGCUGGAGGGACGGGUGAUGGAGGAGAUCGGCUACAAUGAUUUAAUCACCCGUGGACACAACGUUGUGAUGGAACGGAACCAUGCCAACCCUGUCCAACACCGCUCCCUCUCUAUGGACUUCUGAGAGGAGCGGAAGUCAGCUGACACUUUAUUUGUCAUGUGAAAAAAUAAUAUCAUUCAUAGCUGUACGUUUACAUUUACCCACACCUUCUUUUUUAUUUUAUUUUUUUUAUAUUUUAUUUCAGUGAUUUUCUUCUCAUUCUCAGUACCUCCUUUGCCAUUCCUAUACUUGGUUUUAUGCCAAGUCCAGCAUUUUUUAUCGGUGUUAUUCUAAUUUCCCAAAGCAUAUUAUAUAAAAUAGACAUGUAGGUCUUAUUUUUUUAGUCCAUAUUUUUUGCAUAUAUUCAUAACCAGCAGGUCAUGUCUUUAUGUCACCAUGAGCCAGAAGAUUCUGUUACUAAUAAAUUAAUUUUGAUAGUUUAAUGCAAAGAAUUUUUCACUUACACUACCAUUCAAACUGUUUGUGGUACAGUAAAAUAACUGUUUUCUAUCUGAAUAUAUUUUUAAAUGUAAUUUAUUUUAGAAUUUUCUGCAUAAAAACUGAUACAUCUUUCAUUGUUCUAUAAUUAAUCUAAAAUUUAAAAGAUUUAUUUGAAAUGGAAAUAUUUUAUAACAUGUAUAAUAUUUACUGUCACAUUUGAUAAAUAAAUUAUAUGAUAUCAUAUCAUAUCAUAGUGUAUAUAUUGAGUUCUAGAGAUAGAACCACUGAAAAAUCAUCAGAAAUUGUUCUUUGUGAAGUAAAAGUUGUUUCUUUAGUAGACGGUUUGUAUGAGAGGUGGGGGGAAGGACUGUGGAUUGUGUCUGUAUUUAUUCAGUUUUGCUUUCUUUUCCCCUUUUCUUUGAACCGAUCUCAUCAGACUUAGUUUGGAGUGUGCUGUGAUGUUUGAUGUUGUGGUUGUGUGACGUAUGACGUACUGUAGAUAUUACUGUACAUGGUGGAUUACUGAAA